UAAUUCUUUGAACCUAGCUUGGGACAAUCAAAUGGCUUUUUGUAACCCCUUUUUGAGCCCAAACUCCGGCGGCAACAAACCAUGGGUGGAUCAGAUCAGCAAAAAUUUACAAACCCAACUUGCUGUCACAAUAGAUACACCUCCAGUUUCCGUAUUUUUAAUCCAGAAAACCUGGAAAGAAGAACACCUAGAAGAGUAUGUCCCUCAACGGAUAGGACUCGGGCCAAACCACCAUUUUCAGCCCGAGCUCUACCAGAUGAUGGAGCAGAACAAGCUCACAGCCGUUAGAAGGUUACUAAAACCAUAUCAAAUUCAUGACUGUCAACAACAAAUAGUCGCGAAAGUUAAAGAGAUCGUCCCCAUACUUCGCACGUGCUAUGAAACAUACCUUGAUGCUGAUGACGAUACAUUGGCAUGGUUAUUUGCUAUUGAUGGUAUGUUCUUGCUUGAUCAACUUGAUUCUUAUAUAAAUCAUGGUUUUGUAAUAGAAGCAAAGGAUUUGGUAAUGUUAGAGAACCAGAUUCCACUUAUUGUGUUGAAGGAAAUCAAAAAGGUCUUAUUGAGUACAAUUGAUCAAACUGCUCUUUCGCAAUUAGAAGAUUACUUGGAAUCCAAGUUCCGAUUUUUCUGUAAGUCACGCUCACCGUUCCUUCUUUCUGAAGAGAAUAUAGAUUUUAGUAAAGUUAACCACCUACUUGAUUAUAUGUACAAUUCCAUUGUGAACAAUGAAACAUCGAUCCCAAUAAAGGUCGACUUCACACCUACUGAUACAAGCGAUCCAACUGUUGAAGAACCAACUGUUAAAGACGCGAAGCUAGAACUACUAGAUGCUGUUAUUAAAAUUGCGGUUUUGAUACCCGCGGCUCAGUCCAUCAUUGAUUUCAUUAAAAAAAUAAUGUUUCCUGAAAUGAAUGGGCAAAAAACAAUAGUUGAAGAGAUCAAGGUGCCUUCUGUGUCGGAGCUUAAUAAAACUGCGAAAAUUAAGUUCCGACUGUUACCAGGAAACGAAGGCAUCAGAAACAUAAACUUUGUUGAAGGAAAAGAGCGGAUAUGCUAUCUCCCUCUUAUUACUCUCAAUAUUGAUUCAGAGGUCACAGUGAGAAACUUGGUAGCUUACGAGAAAUCAAUGGCAAAUAAUAGUCAUGAAUCCACAUAUGGUCUUGAACUCACGGAAUAUGUGGAUUUUAUGUGUGGUAUCGUUGACACUGCAAAGGACGUCAAGUUGCUACGUGAAGGGAAGAUCAUCCAAAGCGACCUGAGUGAUGAACAGAUCGUCAAGCUGUUUAACGGGAUAAGAAAAUCUCAAGGGAAAAUGAACAUUGAAACGGAGUUGAGAAAGACUCUGGUUCAACUGAACAAGGUUUACGAAAGCACGCCUACAGUUUGGAUCCAGAGGCUGUUCGAGAAGCAAUUUCGGGUUUGGGCCAAGACUAUCACAUUCUUGGUUGGCAUUUUGAGCACAUUGAUUGUCAUUCGUGAGGUGUACUUGAAGGUUAAUCUUUUUAUUCCACUACGUCACAUGAUGUUGGUUCAAUUUUUCGAGGAAAAAUGGAGUCGUUUACUUAUUUUCUUCAUUAAACCAAAGGGACCCGUUGUCUAAACAUUAGCUUCAAGUUAAUCAUUCUAUUUGUUAAUCAUAAUCCAACUAUUCGUAUA